AUGCCCCUAUUGGUGAAGUUUGGAGGAGUCCUGAAGGUGCUGCCACCAGUAAGGACAUCACAGCUUCGACUGAAAGCGAGGACACUACUUUCAUCUGUUAUAGUACAACGUGAGAGUCACCGCACAUCUUACUGUUGUGGUCUUCGUCAUUUUCAUAUAACCAUCAAAUCUCAACGACCACGAUACUCGACAUCGACAGCACCAAGCUCUGCUGGGACAAUCGCUGCCCCCGAGACUCCCUCCCGGCCUGUCUACAAACCACCACACAAAGGCCUGGUUUCGCACCUACCAAGAUCAUGGAUCCCAUAUGCGGAGUUGAUCAGGCUGGACAAACCAACUGGAACGUACUACCUAUUCUUCCCAUGCGUCUUCUCUACACUCCUUGCAGCGCCACUGGCUGAACCAAUGGCGAGUCCAGCAGCAGUCGUGUCGACUGCUGCCCUCUUCUUCACCGGAGCAUUGAUCAUGCGUGGAGCUGGAUGUACCAUCAACGAUCUAUGGGAUCGAAACCUGGAUCCUCAUGUAGCAAGAACGAAGUUCAGGCCCAUUGCUCGUAAGGCCAUAACGCCAUCAACAGCCGUGAUAUUCACAGGCUUCCAACUGCUAGCGGGGCUCGGUCUCUUGCUCCAAUUCCCCACUCAGUGCCUCUUCUACGGCAUUCCGAGUCUUCUGCUAGUGGCAAGCUAUCCGCUCGCAAAGAGAGUGACAAACUACCCUCAGUUUGUCCUUGGCUUGACCUUCUCCUGGGGCGCCAUCAUGGGUUUCCCGGCACUUGGAGUUGAUCUGCUCUCCGAUUUUGACUCCCUUGCAGCAGCUGCGGCGCUUUACGCAAGCUGUGUAGCGUGGACGGUUAGCUAUGACAUGAUAUAUGCCUACAUGGACAUCAAAGAUGAUGCGAAUGCUGGAAUCAAGUCAAUCGCUCUUGCGCAUGAGCACAAUACGAAAGCGGUCCUUACAGGGUUGUCCAUUGUGCAGAUCGGACUCCUCGCCACUGCUGGAUAUUUUUCUGGUGCUGGGCCUGUCUUUUUCGUUGGCAGUUGCGGCGGAGCAGUAGCGACUCUUGCAACGAUGAUAUAUCGAGUCCGCCUGAAAGAGUGUUGCAGCUGGCCUACUCGGAGAUUAUCUUGUCCGGCGCUCUAG